UUAAAUGGUCUGUGUCAAGCAUGCCCCAGGAAGCUGCAUGGAGACAAGGAUAAAACGUGUGCCCUGAGAAGGUCCAUACCCAUGUCCGGCUCCUGAGCGGGAGCACUCGGGGGUGCAUCACCCCAGAGCAGGCUACCCUCCACCCGUGCUGCCUCACUAGACUUUUCAAAUCAGUUGAUUUCCCUCUGGACACUGUUACCCAUGUUCCCGGCAGCCUGCGAAGCGCAGGGAGAUGCUGACGCUUCAGAAACCUUGUCUGAAGCCUGCAAGGAAGGGGGUGGGGAGAUAGCACAGACCUGCAGACAGCUGGGAGAUGCCGGACUAGUCUGCAGCCAGACAGACUAAGCCACCAGCAGCAGCAAGAUAAGCAUCUCCCUGGCCCUGCCCGCCCACCUUUUGUGCUACGGAGCCUUCCCCGCCUCCUCCGUCUCCCCCCACCAGUGUUUCAUCGUGGAGCCACCACCAGCAGCACAUAAAUAGAGGAUCCAGGGCAGGCUGUGGGGCAAAGACCGGAGACACCACUUGGGGUCCUGCUCUGCACCCUAGCAUCCGUCCCGCCUGCCCGACCACCCUGCAGCAGCAUGGCUCUCACCAGUGCCCUUCGCCUGUUGCUUGCCUGCCUCCUGCUCGGUGGUGUGGCCCCAAAACCUACGUGUGACCCUGGCGCCUGCACCCCGUGCCCUGACAGGGACAUGGAGGAGCCAACCACUGCUGAGGGCUGCUGCCCGCCCUGCCCCGCACCCUGCGCCUGCCCCCCUUACCUGGAGAGCGACUGUGAGAUGCAAGGCUUCGCCAGCGGCCACGUCCCCGUCGGCCGCUCCUUCUACAUCGACUUUGCCCGCAAACUGUGUACCUGCCACCCCGGUGGGGACAUCACCUGCACCCCGCUGUGCCCCAGCCUGCCCCCCACCUGCCAGGCUGUGGGCAGCCCUGUGGCUGACGGCUGCCCACAAUGCGUGUGCUAUGACGAGGAGGAGAUGGCAGUGUCCGCUGGUACCACCACCGCCCGGGGGGACCAGGUUUGUACCUGCCCAGCCCAGGGAGGCCGGCUGCAGUGCAAGAACAAGGAGUGAACUGCGCUGUUCCCUCUGCCGGCAAGGGCAGGGGGACAGGGGAGCCCCUCCAGCAGCAGGAGGGCAUCCUCAUUGGGAGGUAUUAAGUGCUUCAAACUGGUUUAGAGGACUUGGCGAUGGCUGUGGCCGUGCCAAAGAGCGCUAGAGAGGUGCCUCAUUGUAUGUCAUGUAUACACCAGGGCAAAGCGUCUAUAGCGGGUGAGCUUGCUUCGUUUAAGUUUUGUUCCAUGGCGGUGGUCUAUGAGAGCUUAGACUGGUUGCUGCUAGCAUGUAACUGGAGCAAAGGCAGUUAUUUAUUUAUUUGUAAGAUGGUUGUGCUUUUGUACGUGUUUAUGCAGUCUGUCUAU